AUGGCCGAAGCUGCCAGUUUGUCCAAGACGGGCCCCGAGGCCGUGCUUGCGCCAGAGAAAUCUCGGCCUGCCCGGAAUCCUCGUCCUCCUAGACCCAAUUACAGGCACAUCCAUCGCUUUCCUCUUCCAGUCAAUGUCCACCAUGUUCCUCCAGUAAUUCCUCAUAACCCUCUCUCUAUCAUUAGUGUUGCCCUCUCGUACCUCACAUUCCUUAUCUCCCCUCCACGUCAAGAAGUCUACACCGCAUACUUCGACUCGGCUACCUCGUCCGUUCAUGUCACAGAUGAGAGAAUGAUUAGGGCCUUGUGGGAGAUGGGGUUCUUCGGUAAAGGUAGUCUGAGUCGAAGUGAGCCUAAUUGGCUGGAGCAGGAGAAAAAGAGGAGGGGUCUUAUGGGUGGUAAUACUAGUGAGGAGGCUACAAGGAAGCGCAGAGCUGAACGCCGCCAAUUGAAGCUGGAACGAGCGAGGCACGAGAAGCUGGCCAUCGAGGAAAGACUCAAGGCCGAGGCCGCUCUUCGGGAAUCUGGCUCGGUUGAUGGAUCAGUCAUAGAUGGUUCUGGUGAUCCUGCAUCCAGCUCGGUGGAGAGAUUCUCCGUCAAGAAGGCGAUGGAAGCCAAGUACGAGGAGAGACGAUUGCAAGCGGCCCAGGACAGAAAUGCUUCCCAGCCUGUUGAUUCAUCGCAACCAGCCAGCGGAAAAUCGGUUCGCUUCUCCCCCGUUGUUCAGGAGAAAGAUGUCGUUUCCACCUCAACUACUUCUCUUCAAGCUCCCGGGGACGAACCUGAUCUUGAUGUGCUUGAAAAUGAGGAGCAUCUGCAAUUAUCAAACGAAGAGACCUUUUUCCUGGUCUAUGCACUCGGCGUUGUGCGUGUUGUCGACCGCAGCGAUAACGCUGUCAUCCCAACAUCGUCUCUUCUACCACUUCUACGUCGCCAUUCCUACUAUCCUUCCCGCCCUGGCUCUUCAGAACUAAAGCCAGAUGAUCCUUUUAUGAUAUCCUAUGCGGUUUAUCACCAUUUCCGGUCACUCGGGUGGGUUGUGCGGUCCGGAGUAAAGUUCGGAACCGACUAUCUACUCUACAACCGCGGCCCGGUUUUCUCUCACGCUGAGUUUGCUGUUAUUAUCAUUCCCUCAUACACCAAUCCUUAUUGGUCAGAGACUGAAGAGCGCAAGGAGCAUGCCUCUAGCCAGCAAGCUCGUAGCUGGUGGUGGCUGCAUUGCGUCAAUCGGGUUCAAGCUCAAGUGAAGAAGAGCUUGGUGGUUUGCUACGUUGAGGUCCCUCCUCCUGUCAGCCCAUCUGACGAUAUUGGAGCUGAGCUCAGUCGCUACCGAGUUCGAGAGUUCCUCCUCCGGCGCUGGGUUCCCAAUCGAACUCGGGAUUGA